GACCUUCUGAAGAUUCUUUCACAGAAUUUCAAGCAAGCUUUUGAAAAGAAGUUGUGGAAGCUUUUAUAUUUAUAUUUAUAUUUUUUCUUUAUCCUAUUAUUGAAGAUCACCCAAGACUGACUUAUUGGCUUCAUUAUACUCAUCAUACGUCAAUUGACCUCUACCUUAUACACAAACCAAUUGCCACCCCUCUUUUUUUUCCCAUUUUUCUAAUUGACAGAGAAACUAUCUGCUGUCUGAUUUCUUAUUCAUACUGUUGAUGCUCAAUUGCUGUCUCAAUAACCCCACAACCCCCUUCGAUAUCAUUACCUGACCAGGGAAUUAACCCCUAACCUUUACCUUACAAAUCUUCUACAAGAUAAAAGAAUACGAUAAACUUUUUAUUAUUUUAAUUUAAUUUAAUUUAAUUUAAUUUAAUUUAAUUAUAUACAACCCAACUACACAUUUCAUCAAACCCUUUUAUUCCUCGCAUAUUCUAUAGAUCUAUAUUAUUCACAUGCAAAUUGAGACCAUCUUUGUGGUCUACGGUGUUCUUGGAGGAUUCAUUGUAUUCUUUGGACUGUUUUCUCUGUUCAUCAAAGAAAGACUCUAUCUGUCAGAAGCAUCUAUUGCUAUUGCAUGCGGCAUUAUAUUUGGCCCUGUAUGUGCAAACUUUAUAAAUGUUGACGAGUGGGGAGACAAGAUAUUCAUUACACGGGAGUUUACUCGCGUUGCCAUUGCUAUUCAGGUAAUGGCUGCUGGUGUUGCUCUUCCAAAAGCCUAUCUUCGCAAAGAAAUCGGGUCUCUGUUCGUACUUCUCAUCCCUGUAAUGAUUUGGAUGUGGAUCAUUAGUGGGUUGUGUGUCUGGGCUAUGAUACCAGGAUUAACCUUUCUUCAAUCUCUUAUGAUUGCUUCCUGUUUUACGCCAACUGAUCCUGUAUUGGCAAAUUCAAUUGUUCAAGGAAAGUUUGCCGAAAGACAUGUUCCUAUUCAUGUCAGAAAUAUCAUUUCAGCAGAAAGUGGGGCUAAUGAUGGUCUUGGAUAUCCAUUCUUGUUUCUUGCAAUCUACUUGAUGCACAUGGAUGUCGGACCCGCUAUCGGAAAAUGGGCAUACUGGACUGUUUGCUAUCAAAUUCUUCUGUCAAUUGCAAUUGGUUUCGUGGUUGGCUAUGUGGCUAGAAAAUUGCUCAAAUUUGCGGAGACAAGACGAAUGAUUGAUAAGCAAUCAUUUCUUGUAUUUGCAAUUGCCUUGGCAGUCUUCUUGGUUGGAACUGUAUCGAUCAUUGAAAGCGAUGAUCUUUUGGCCUGUUUCAUCGCUGGUAACUCGUUCACUUGGGAUGACUGGUUUAGAACAGAAACCGAAGAUGCCCACCUAAUGGAGGUCAUUGAUUUGCUUCUUAAUAUGAGCGUAUUUGUAUAUAUUGGAGCUACUAUUCCAUGGGCUUCUUUCCAAAGCAUCGAGUUAGACGUCUCAUUAUGGCGUUUGAUUGUUUUGGCCAUCAUGGUCCUCUUGUUCAGGCGCCUUCCUAUAGUCGUAGGUCUUUACAAGUUCAUACCCACAAUCCACACAUUCCGUGAGGCAGUUUUCACCGGGUGGUUCGGUCCUAUUGGCGUCGGUGCCAUCUUUUAUUAUACUGUUGCACUUGAGAACAUUGAUGCAGUCGGCCAAGAUUCCCGUGCUCAUCAGGUCAUUGAACCAAUCAUUUACUUCAUGGUUCUUGCCUCGGUUAUUGUUCAUGGCGUCACGAUACCUUUAUUCUAUAUCGGAACCUUUGCGACCAGAACCAUCACUAUCCAAAGCACCAAUGCCAAGUUGCGCCGUCCGUCCAAAUACUCUGCUAAUAGCACUAAUGCCAUGUCAGGCGUGACUGCAAGAGAUGAAGAACUUGGGCUUCCUGGAGGAGGAGGAGGAGAAAAACCCGAAUGGACUAAUGUCAAUAACGUUGGUGGCGGAGGGCCACAUGGGCAGCAAGUGUACACAAAAGAAACAUACAUGGAAACUGACGUGAAUAUGAAUAUGGAUAUGGACAUGGACAUGGACAUGGGCGUUAAUCAGCAAGCCGUGUUUGAUGAAAAGGCCGAAGCUUCUCCGCGUAAGACAACCAUUAAGAUUGUUACACCUGUGAAUGGAAAGGCACAAACCAUGACAAAAAAUGCACCACUUGAUGAUGAUAUAUCGGAGCACCCAAAUCAGAAAAAUUCAUUUGAUAUCCCCGACCUUGAAAAAUGCUCUAAUGAAACGAAGACCAGCUUUGAUGACGGUGGAAGCACAUUGGACUCUAGAUAAAUAGAUUCUUGUUGUGAUUUGAAAAAAUCACAAGAACUAUCCUCUUCUUUUGAAUAUUACUUUUUGUCUACUAUGUAUUUUCUUUCAUAUAAAAAAAAGCACUGCAAUAACAUCAUACCUUUAUUUUAGAAUAUUAUAUUUUCUCUUUUAUUUCUAUCUUUAUAUCUUCUUUUUUAUUACUUUCAUAUAUGUGUAUUUGGUAUAAAAUAUCUUUUAUUCUGUAAAAAUAAAUAAACUACUUUGAUAUAUAAACGCUCCCAC